AUGCUUUUCCGAACUGUUGCUACCGUCCUCGCGGCAUUUGUGGUGGGCGUUCGUUCCCAGACCUUCCCUAACCCUGAAGCUGUCUCGGGAAACACUGCCAUCCAUGAUCCUACUAUGUGCAAGGAUGCGAGCGGAACGUAUUGGUUGUUUGGUACCGGGACUGGUAUCGAGAUACGUACUUCGCCGGACCGCGUAACAUGGACGCUGGUUGGUGCAGUCUGGCCCGAUGGUGCGUCAUGGACGGAUGAGUACACAGGCGUCUCCAACGGCGUGCUCUGGGCCCCAGACUGUACAUUCAUGGACGGCCAGUUUUACUUGUACUAUGCCGCAUCGUCGUUCGGAUCCCAGAACUCUGCCAUCUUCUUCGCCAAAUCUACCACUGGUCUUCCCGGCAGCUGGACUAAUGAAGGGCUGGUGACAUCGACCAGUAGUGCUGAUAACUACAACGCCAUCGACCCGAACCUUCUGGUCGACGGCAGCAGCUGGCUCCUCUCCCUGGGUUCCUUCUGGACUGGAAUCAAAGAACUAACACUGAGCUCUUCUACCGGAAAACCGUCUUCGACUGCGUUGACCUCCCUGGCUGAGCGUACAGCAGACGGUGGUGCUAUCGAAGCAAGCGUAGUCUACCAGUUCGGAGACUUCUUCUACUUGUUCUCGUCGUGGGAUUUGUGCUGCCAGGGUACCAGCAGCACAUACAAUAUCCGUGUCGGAAGGAGUUCUAGCGCUACAGGACCCUUCGUCGACGAAGACGGUGUGGCUUUGACGAGUGGUGGAGGCACUUUAAUUCUCGGAACGCAUGAUGCGAUCGUGGGACCUGGAGGGCAAGACAUCCUCACCGACACAGACGGAGUUAUUUUGGUAUACCACUACUAUACCUCUACCGGCAGUUUCCUCGGCCUCAAUCACCUCGACUUCUCGAGCGGGUGGCCCGUCGUCACUGCGUAG